UUGGCACAUUGUCUGCCCACGCGCUUUUACUUGUACUACAUUUGCUUUUGCGACUAACAUUCAAUGGUAUUUGCGGACCUGCGGACGAGAUAUCGUAACGCCGGGCGAACACUCUUCUCGAAUUAUUGAUUGGUAUAUAAUUUAUAUCGAUGCUACAGAUCUAGAAUUUAUCACCGAUCCUGUUACGAGAUUCUUAUGUGCUUCUGUGUACGUAUGUACAAACGCACGUGAUGAACGGUAUGAAAGAGAUUUUGUUUGGGGUCGUAAAUCCGGCAUAUCGUCAACGAAUAAGGGUGCAGACUGUGGAGGAAUCAUAUUAUCCUAUACAUAUACUGUAUACGUAUAUUGCACGCGAGAACUGAAAGAUGUCGAUCCGGGUCAAAGAUAAUCCGCAGAUGCAAACCAUCGCUGCAAAAGCAGCAGGAUUAGAAAAAAAUGGAAGAGAAAAAAGAAAGAUCGAGGGUCGGGUUUGGCUGCUGCCGCUGCUGCUGUUCGAAUGCUAACAUCGCGGGAUCUCCUCAAGAAUCAUAUGCGAUGGAUGGGGAGAGUGCGAACGGGAUAGGCGAAGAGAAUGCAUCUAGGAUGAGACAGGAUGGUAUGGAGGUACGGAAAGAGCCAAUGUACGUACGUACGUAUAUAAAAUACGGAGGGGAACUAACUGGGGAAAUUCUGUGGGAACGUACGACUCCGAGUACCAAGCAAAGAAUUGGACCUCGACGAACUCCGGUUCUACCAUGUACCACGUACUACCCUUCGGGCCGACGAUGGGAGAGAGAGAAGAAAAAAGAACAAAGGAAUUACAAUAACCGCCAUACACAGGCACACGGAUCGCACGCAAACAUUACAGCGUUCGAUUAUAAUCGUGCGAACGCGUGCUCGGACCAAUUCCUGUGUGAACUUUAUCGAACCACCACCGCCACCCUCUCUUCAGAAUGAUUCCCCGUGUGACCCCCACGCGUUACCGAGGGAAGUCGGAUGGCUGAGUGAUUUCAUGGUGGUUUAUUUCGAACGUCAUUGAGCAUCGGGAAAAACUUUCAACUGCCGUCGUCAAUUUCAGGGAAUGGAGAAUCUGGAGUACAUGAUCAACGGCGCAUUUUUCCACGAAGAGGAGAAAUACGAAACGGUCGGCUGACUCACGGGGACAACAGGUAAAAAUGAUAACUCCGCUUUCUCCAUUCCUAGAUUUCUUCUCCCUCGUGUCAAGUCUCCCUCCCUCUUUCUCUAUCGGUAUAAUAAGGUGCCCCGCACUUCGCGCCGCACGCUUUCCCACGGAAUCGCCCUUUUACCCCCACUUUUUUUCGUCGACCCUUAUCCCUCGCCCUCCUGCAUGGCUAACUUCCCCGUUCGCCACGAUAUACGUAUAAAUGUUGUACCAUUGCUUACGCGUGUGCGUCGCGCGGAUGCAUACAUGUACAAUGCACAUGCAACCAGGAAUCCCCCACUACUUUAUUUAUCUCAUCUCCCCUGAAACGAUUUUCUCCCGUUCAUCUAGCAUGGGUACCACCUAGUUUUGGUGGUGGGCCAGGUCGUGUGGCGCGAUCGACGCCCGCACACGACAUACGCUCGCCGCCACGCGACCAGCGCGCACGCCGCACGUCGCCGAAGAACGACAACGCGUUAUAUUCUCAAUUUAUACUCUUUUUAUAACACCGUACAAUAUAAGGAUCUCUUUUUUUCUACGCCAAGAUGAAAUUUUAAGUAUCCGAAUUUCUCCGUGAAAAAAAAGGGAUCGUUUGUCGAGUUUACGGAAAUUGAGGAGUGCUGUGGAGUUCGUUUGUGAAUUUUAUGAAUUCCGAAGAAGAGGAACAUUUAUUUUCUCUGUAAUAGUUGAAUUUAUUCAUCGGUUCGAAUAAGUGUUCGCUUCACGUACUCGACGCAUUCAUAAAAUAUGGGAACGAAUUCAAAUCGCCUCGAAAUAAUCUGUAUCGAAAAGUGUGGGUAAUUCAUAAUUGAAAAAGGACGAUAUCGUGUGCAGAAGAAUCAUCAUUGCAGAACAGUGAAUAUUAUAAAAUCUGCAUUCUUCAGUUCUUCGUUUGUCUUAAUAGUUCAGAGAUUAUUUUGGGUUUCAAUACGCUGCGCUGAAUUUGAAAUUCCUAUCUGAAAAUUUUGUUGGAAAACCGCAAUUUCAAAAUGUGGCGAGUCGUAGUUCCUAGAUCUGAUGAAAACAGCACUCUCCUUUCAUCGGACAUAACUGCGGGGGCGGUCGCCCCCGGUCACCUGUCGUUGUCUUCGGGUCCUCCUGGUCCUCCGGGUCAUCCAGGUCCUCAUCAUUGGGGGUAUCCGCCCCCUCCACACCCGGCGUACCAACCGCAGCAUCACGAUCACAUGCGACAUCAUCAUCAUCACGAGUUACAAAGAUCGCAUGCUCCGAACUCGAAUUCUUCUGGUUCCGUUGAAGUUAGAACGGAAAUGGAAAGAAUCGAAAUGCAAAGGCCAGAACUUAGACACGAAAUCAGACACGACGUCAUUCCAACCGUCAUGAGAUCAGAGUUGACCGAACUUAGACCCAGCCAUGAACUUCCGGAACUCAAAAACGACGUCACGGAACUCAGGACUCAGGAUAAUCAAAGGCAACAACAGGGACCAGGAACUAGGGGGAUGAAAAGAGCCAUGAGCGAUUCCGACUGCGAUGACGUGUUCUCGGAGGAAAGCGGCAAGGAACCGUGUAACUCGCCAGGCGGUGAUUCCUGCCAACACGCAUCGCGGAAACGAAGACGAGGAAUGAUAGAGAAAAAGAGGAGAGACAGAAUAAAUGCCUCGUUAGGUGAACUUCGAAGGCUCGUCCCGGCCGCCGCCAGAGAUCCGCAUAGCGGAAAACUUGAAAAAGCUGAAAUUCUUCAACUUACCGUCGAACAUCUUCGUACGCUCAGAAAUAAAGGUCCCGAAGGCUACGACAGCACAAAAUUGGCAAUGGAUUAUCACGCAGUAGGCUGGGGCGAAUGUGCGGCGGAAGUUGGACGAUAUCUGGUAACAAUGGAAGGCCUCGACGAAAGGGAUCCUCUUCGUCUUCGGCUGCUUUCUCACCUCCAGAGUUUUCAUAGGGAACAUCCCCCGGCCACGGGUACCGGCGGACUACUGCCUUCCGCAUCUUCGGUUAGUUCUGGUGCUGGUGGAACUGCUACCGGAAGUUACGAGCCAUCGAGUUCUUCGGGGCCUGGUGGUAUGCCACCCCUUCUCGGUGGCGGAGCACUCGGAUGGGGACAGUAUCCCGGACAAUACACCCAGCAGCAACACGGAAAGCCUUACAGACCGUGGGGCGCGGAGUUGGCUUACUGAUAAUAAACCUUACAUAUUAUAACGCCCCGUUUCAUGUCAUCGAAAUUGCUCAGAAUUUUACGGUUCUAUUUUUCGCCAAUUUCAUGUAAAUAUAAUUGCCUACCUUAUAGUAUACGCAUAGUACAGAUACUAUGAUAUCUGAUCUAUUAUUUAUCAUGUGAAUUACUCAGGAAAGUUACAAAAAAGAAAAGGAAGAAAGAAAAAAGAUUUCCUAUCGAAUCGGAUUUUACAUCCAAAUCGAACUGACCAAAAAAAAUAUAUCCGAAUCAGCUUGCUCUGCGCGAGUGAUAUAAAAUGAUAGUCAUACGAGUACCUAAAUUGAAGUAUAAUAUAUAAAUAUAUAUAUAUAUAUAUAUAUGAAUAUAAUAUUUAUUUAUCCCAGUAUAUAUAGGUCUUCAAAAAUUAGCUCGGAUAGUGAAUAAUUAUUGUACAGUGUAAAUAUUCAAUUUUUGCUAACGAAUUAGAUUUCAUAGGAAAAAAAAGAAUACAAAAACGAACUAAAGAAGAGAAAAACCCAACGUUAUAUUAGAGUAUAAUAAUUUGUAUACGCUGAGAAAUGCCUUAAUAUUUUUCAAAUACGUUUUCAUCUUUUUUUCACGCAGAUAGAACGAGAAUCCAGUAUUAAAUAAAAAGAAAAAAAAAAAAAAAAAAAAAUUGGAAAAUUGGAAAAUUGGAAAA